GUAGCCAUUGUAGUUCUUAUUUUCGUUGCAGUAGUGAUUACCUUGGUAACAUGGCUUCAUUUCUGGAGGCGGAGCAAGAAACGAGCAGCAAAAUCACUACAACCAAAUGCAACUGGUUCAGAUGACAUUCACAGUAUUGAUUCUCUCCUCCUUGAUCUCUCAACACUACAAGUCGCUACAGAUGACUUCGCCGAAGACAAAAGGCUUGGUGAAGGAGGAUUCGGCGUGGUCUACAAGGGAGACCUCCCAGGAGGCCAAGAAAUAGCAGUGAAGAGGCUCUCCAAGACUUCCAGGCAAGGAAUUGAAGAGCUGAAAACAGAGCUACUUCUAGUUGCUAAGCUGAAUCACAAGAAUCUUGUCAGGCUAGUUGGUGUUUGCUUGGAGAAGCGUGAGAAAAUACUUGUAUAUGAGUACAUGCCUAAUAGAAGUCUAGAUACCUUUCUCUUUGAUACAGAGAAAGUCAAGGAGCUAGACUGGAGCAAGAGAUUCAAGAUUAUAAGUGGAAUUAUUUGUGGCUUACAGUAUCUUCAUGAAGAUUCUCAAUUGAAGAUAGUUCACCGAGACCUGAAAGCAAGAAAUAUUCUUUUAGAUUCUGAUUACAAUCCUAAGAUUUCUGACUUCGGCUUAGCAAAGAUAUUUGGAGGGGAUCAAUCAAAAAUUGUCACUCAUCGUAUUGCUGGGACAUAUGGGUAUAUGUCGCCAGAAUACGCGAUGCGUGGUCAAUAUCCCACCAAGUCAGAUGUUUUCAGCAUCGGCGUUUUGAUUCUAGAGAUCAUUACCGGAAGAAGAAACUACAACACUGAACAAGAUGAUCUCAUAAACGUUACAUGGGAGCAUUGGACGAGGGAGAAAGCCAUCGAGUUGAUAGAUAAAUCGUUGAGCAACUGCUGUCCGAUUGACCAGUUCUUGAAAUUCAUGCACAUCGGCCUACUGUGUGUUCAGCAAAAGCCCGCCGACAGGCCUUCGAUGUCAGCGGUAAACUUUAUGCUUAGCAGUAACGAGGUGCAUCUCCCACCCCUGACGAGACCAGCCUUUUUCCUCCACGAGAUUGAAACCAACUCUGAACCAAAUAUUGCGGGCAACGCAAAACAAGCAUCGUCAAAUGAGGUGACCAUCACAGAAUUGGUGCCCAGAUGAGUCUUGAUUGAGAGAGAACCGAAGGAAUUGGACUUGCAAACCGCUGUUUAUUUUUCUUGUCUGUCAUAAGUAAACAAACUUUUGGCUUUAUGAAGCCAGCUUAAAUCCUCAUGGUUACAAGCAUAGCAACAAAGAUACAUACUGUGUGCUGCUUGAACUGGUUCUCCAUUACAUAUACGUAACGGAGAGAUGUAUUAA